AUGCAUCUGGUCGUGACCACUGGCAUUGUUAUUGUGUGCGUUACCCGAUCGACAGAAGAAUACACGCACCGCUUACCCACUGGUGCGGUGAACCACUGCUCGACACCCGACGAGCCAGUCGGGCCGCAGUCGCUGACGUCGCCCGUGGCCGCCAACGGAGGCCCGCAGUCCGUGCAGGUGGCCAAAGAAGCCCUCCGUCAACACCUGCAGUCCAAGCCGACUUCGGGCCCCGUGGACGCCGGGCUGUUGCCGAAAACGUCGCCCCCGCCGCCGUCCAUUCUCAAGAAAGACUCGGCCUACACCAAAGAAAACAACAAGGAGAACGUUGAUCACAAGCUGGGGAAAUCGGCGUCUGGUGGCGCUGCUGGCGGCGGCGGCCACGGCGUGCGGCCGGAGCAACAACCGCCGCAGCAAAAGCCCCGAAAGGUCGACGGAUUCGUCGGCUUUGCCAACUUGCCGGAUCAGGUUUACCGGAAAGCCGUGAAGCGGGGAUUCGAGUUUACAUUGAUGGUUGUCGGCGCCUCUGGCCUGGGCAAGUCCACGCUCAUCAACUCCAUGUUCCUGGCGGACGUCUACUCCAAGGAUCAUCCGGGUCCGUCGCAGCGGAUCAAGAAAACCGUGCAAGUGGAGACCACCAAGGUCCUGCUCAAGGAAAAGGGUGUCAACUUGACCCUGACUGUGGUGGACACGCCGGGUUUCGGUGACGCUGUCGACAACUCCGACUGUUGGCAGCCCAUCAUCGAUUACAUUGACGCGCGUUACGAGGAGUUUUUGGUGAACGAGUCGCGCGUCGACCGGAAAUGCGUGCCGGAUUCGCGAGUCCACUGUUGCCUGUAUUUUGUAGCCCCCGGGCAUGGACUCAAGCCCCUGGACAUUGAGUUUAUGAAGCGGCUUCACGAGAAGGUGAACGUGAUUCCGGUGGUGGGGAAGGCGGAUACGAUGACGCCGGAAGAGUGCGACGAGUUCAAGGCUCAAGUGCUGACGGAAAUCCGGCAGCACAAGAUCAAAAUUUACGACUUUCCGGACUCUGAUGACGAGGAGGAGAGUAAAAUCCAGCGGCCCCUGAAGGACCGCGUCCCUUUCGCCAUUGUCGGCUCAAACACUGUCCUGGAAGUGGAUGGGAAAAAAGUGCGGGGUCGUCGAUACCCCUGGGGCACUGUGGACGUGGAGAACCUGGAACACUGCGACUUUGUCGCCCUCCGCAAAAUGGUGGUGCGUUCGCACAUGAUGGACUUGCGAGAAGUGACCAACAAUGUUCACUAUGAGAACUAUCGAUGCCGGAAACUGGCCGGUGUGGACUCCAAGUCCGACGACCCGAUCAUGCUCAAGUCGAACAAGAACCCGCUGGCGCAGAUGGAGGAGGAGCGGAAGGAGCAUGAGGUGAAGAUGAAGCAGAUGGAGCAGGACAUGGAGCAGGUGUUUGAGAUGAAGGUGCGGGAGAAGAAGCAGAAGAUGAAGAACUCGGAGCUGGAGUUGAAGAACAAGAAUGAGCACAUGCGAUCGAAUAUUGAGCAGCAAGAGCGUGAGCUCAAGGAGCGGCGCAAGGCGUUCGAGAAUGAGGUUCUGCAGUGGGAGCAGAGUUACGGCAUCACGAUGGAAGACGUUCGUCGGCUUUCCCUCGAGUCCAAUUCCAAAGAAACCAUGGAGAAGAAGAAGAAAAAAGGUCUCUUUUGA